UGCGUGUGUUAACUUCUUCCCACGGACGUGUUCUUCCUUCCACGGAAACUCUUGACUGUUCCAGUAUCUUCAACUGCCUCUGGAUACUGCCUGCUUUCCACCGCAAGUAUCCCACUUAGAGCAAUACCCUCAUUACUGCUGAUCAGCAUAAAAGGCACCUGCAUACUGCAUGCAAGGGUCAUAUCCUAUCCAUCUAUUGGUCAGCCCACCUACCAGGGAGGCCUGCAUCAACAACCGAAAUGGCGAACAACCAAUCUGUCCAUGAAGAAGUCAGCGAAGCAGACGUUCUUCGUGCAAUAACUUACCACCGCCGAGACUUCGAGUUGGCAGUGAUUAAAAUCAGACCCUCUGAAAUCGAGAAGUAUCUACCUGGCAUCAGAGAUGCAUUCAACCGUCCAUUUAAUCCAGCGAAGCCCGGCCUUUUGGACCACCUGCCGGUCGAAAUCUUCCACAAAUGUCUCCUGGGCCUAGACCUCAAGACUCUUUUUGGGCUUCGCCAUGUCAACGCCCGUACCCGCGACAUCGUCAGCACCUUCAAACCUUACCAGAAAGCCAUGAUGUACGCCCAAGAUCUCGUAUGUGCACUCCUCCGCACCGGUUUGGCAAAAUGGUACACCUUGGACGACGUCUUCGACGUCCUCCACACACGAGAGUGUACACUCUGCGGCGCCGACUUCGGCGGAUUCGUCUUACUUCUCCCUCCCAACCUAACCAGAUGUUGCUUUUCAUGUGUCCGCACGAAAUCCGAAGUUGGCCAACACGUCAUUGACCCGACCACUCGCCGCUUCCACUUCGAGCGCGAUUACGAGCUAAUCACCCUCUCCGAGGCUCACAAUCUCUAUGGAGUGAGCCCAGCAGUUCUGCGCCGCGAAAACGUGCCCAUUUUGAAAUCAAUUCCCGGGGUGUAUGGCUUGAAAGAAACGGAGCGCAAAAUGCGCCACUCGCUCGUGCACGAUAAAGCAGUCCGCGAGCUCAGCACCAAUCAUAAACGCGGCCUUCCCUGGUCGGAUACCUCUCGCCGCAGCGGGGAGAUGUUCCUGCGGUGGUGCAUGGCUACUAUUGCACUGCCUUGGGUGGAUCCAGAGACCGGGGAGAUUGAUCGUGGGGUCUCGUGCAGGGGAUGCCAAAGACGAUUUGAACAGAUCUCGUCUGACGAGAGAAGUUUCGGAUCGUUGUCUGCGCCCAGAGAUACGGUCCACUCGAAGUUUUGGUUUCUGGUGCAUUUUGGGGGUUGUCCGCAUGCUAAGAAGCUCUGGGAGGAGAGUAAUAAGGGGACGGUCAUGGUGGGGGAUUCGGAGUUUGUGCGUCGGGGUGGCUUUAUCAGAGACCGGAAAGAUGAUAUUGCCUUGAAGGUGGUUGCUAGGAAGAGUCCUAAUUCUAAGGUUGGAUAGGCAGGUUCGCUGCGGAGUUCUACUUGAUGGUGGAUUCAAACGACAUCUUGACACCGUUUUGGUCACCGUCGAGGAGUCGGCCGUUUGUGAAGGUUGGAUUCGAGUCAAGGGAGCGUGGUUGAUAGGCGUUGGAUCUUUUGCUGUGGUUGCGGGGGAUAUGUGGUGGCUAUCUAUGGAUAUUUGUGACUGGGCAAGGGUAUUGGGCUCAGGGAUAUCUACUUCCAAGAUGGACACUGGAACGGGUUAACAAUUGAGCUAUUGCUCUAUUGUACAUAAUUGUAAUCUUCUCAUUCUAGAAUGACAUUUCGCU